CUGUGACGAUCCUGCACCAGUGUGUCUUCACUGCUCACGAGUUGUGAACAUCUAUCUAUAGCACGCUGUUUAUAUACCUCGGUGCUGAAAAGUUAACCGGACUCGUAAUAAUCAACUCUUCUGUAGACCUGGACAAUUUCUGGAUUACAUUUAUUCUACAGAGGACCUACCUACACAUUAAUGAUGGAUAUUAAAGUCUUUUUCUUCAUUUCUAUGUUCGGAGGCUGUUACGUGAAUUCGGCGCGUGUUGUUCCUAUCGGUGCUGUGGAGUACUUCUGCGGGAACACGCCAGCAGAUGUUGUUUUCCUUAUUGACUCGUCCAACAGUAUUUGGGGCCCAGACUUCCUCAGACAAGUCAACUUCAUCAAUGAUGUCGUCGAUAUGUUUCAAAUUGGUGAGAACAGAACAAGGAUCGGUCUUGCUACCUAUAGUUCAGAUGUUCACACGGAAUUUCACCUAAACGAAAACUUUGACCGUCCCUCCCUGCACCAGUCUCUCUCCCGAGUCCGUCAGAGGAGGGGAUUCGUCACAAAUACCAAACUGGCUAUCUGGACUAUGCGCAGGAAGAUGUUUAGUGAACGAAGAGGCGCUAGACCCGGAGUAGUGAAGGUGGCCGUAGUUUUGACAGAUGGCCAGUCCAAUAGUGUGGUUCGGACUGUCUGGGAGGCAAUGAAAGCUCGCCGCGAGGGAAUCCAUAUGUUCGCCAUUGGAAUCGGUUCUUUCAUCAACCGACGUGAACUGCGAGGGAUCGCAAGCAAACCUACCCACGAUUACAUGUUUCAAGUCAGCAACUUCCAGGCGCUCGAGUCCAUCAAAAACAUUCUGGCUAUCAAGACGUGUGUCGUUACCCCUCGUCCUACAACCACAACAUCAACAACCACCACCACACCCAUGCCGACCACACCCAUGCCGACCACCACUACAACCACGCCCACCACCACGACCACGCCCACUACAACUACAACCACGCCCACCACGACAACCACUUCCGUAUUAGAGCUAGCACGCAGUGUGUGUUCAGAUAGACAGACCGACAUAGUUUUUGCCUUUGAUUCCUCCAACAAUGUGCGAACGAAUGAAUUUUACCAGCAAGUCGACUUCGCUAAGAAUAUGAUUGAGCUGAUGUCCAUAUCUCCUGAGACUACAAGAGUUGCGGCAUUCCUUUACAGCGACCAGAUUCAGCGGAUAUUUGAACUUGACGAUUUUGCUGACGCAGAGAGCAUGAAAGAAUCUUUAAACAAGGUCACUAAAUCAGCUGGACGAUCUCGAAUGAGCGAGGCUCUUAGGUAUAUCCGAACAAAGACUUUCCGAAGAAGGGUUGCCAGGGACGACGCCUCCCAGGUAGCAAUUAUUAUAACCGGAAGUCCCGCUAUGUACCUCCACCGUUCAAAGAUCGAAGCUUCCAGGGCACGAGAGGCAGGAAUUACUCUUAUCCCGAUCGGAAUUGGUGACGUCAACAUUGAAGAGCUUCGAGCUAUAUCUGGCACGGAGGAGGAUGGUAUUUACUAUACACUGCCCUCCUUCGAUGACAUGCAGACCAUCUUAGCGCAACUGGCCAUUCAAUCCUGUAAUGUUCCUGAGCCGGCCAUAGCCAUAUCAGAGCAAUCAUGCGGAUCACGUCAAGCUGCAGACCUCAUGUUCAUUCUGGACAGUAUGAACGCCGGGAAGAAAAACACGAAACGCGCGCUGGCCUUCAUUCGAUCCUUGGUACACGAUAUUGACGUGGACACAGACAAGAUUCAGGUCGGUCUAAUGUCGGCAGAAUGCCAGGACGAUGAGACGGGAUUCGCCCUUGGUCAAAGACAACAGAAGGACGGUGUGUUGGAAUCUUUAUCAAAUAUUCGAGGGACUGACAUUUCUCAAAUCCUAAAGCAAAUGCGACGAGGAGCCUUCAGCGCAGACAACGGCGGUCGAAAAGAGGUCCGCAAAAUCGCCGUGCUUAUCAUCGACGGGAAACUUGAAGAGCCAAUCCGGGCACUAACCGAAGCACAACGCGCAAGGAUACACGGAAUCGAGGUGUUUGUCAUACAGGUCGGAGAGGACGAGGAGUCAUCGACGGAAGCCCGUAUGAUGAGUGACGCGCCAACAACACAGCAUUAUUUCCAAGUGCCGGAUUACGCCGCGCUGAUGGCAUUAAAGGAAUCUUUCUGGGCAGCUCUCUGUGAUGAAUUAUGAGGAGCCGUUGAGAGACCUUGACCGACUUUGAAAGCAUUAUUUGUAAUGGGACCAAAAAGGAUUGUCACGUGAUUGCGUUUGGAAUCUGUUAACAAAGUACGUUGUGAUCUCAAACAUUGUAACAGUUCACCGAACUUAAGCUAAGUGUGGUUAUACAAUGUUUACCACAAUAACUCUGCCACAGAGACCGUGGGUACCAUAGACAGAUGUAUAAACAGUGAUACAGACACACAAAGCAAGUAUUCCAAGGCAGUACAACAAACGACGGAAACAUACCGGUGAUAUAAAAAUGUGCAAUAAUCAUAUGUAGCACAGUUCUAGAGGCUUAGUGAUCGUAUGUAAAUAUCACAUUACUGAAAUGUCAUGUGAUCGUAUUUCAGUUAUCACGUGGUAUUUGUAUGCCGUCUUAUGUGCUCAAAUCGUAAACGCACUGUCAUGACGUCAGGACUAAAUCACGUGGUAUGAGUGUUGAAGUUAUUUCAGCAUUGUGUGAUAGAGUAGAAGCAGUGGUCAAGUCCUUUUUAAGACUGACUGAAAAUCGCUGGAUUAGCAAAGAACCUUAGUUUUAUGCUAUACACUAAAAUCCAUCAGUGAAGGUUUUAACAGUAAUUAAACUUGAAAGCUAACUAAAACACUAAAACAUGUUGACAUUUAGAUAUUUGUGAUUCACUACUGUAAAUCGUUCUAUUUUUUCGCAUUUUUUUUUUUAAUUUAUUCGCAAACAUUUCAAUUUGCAAAAUGAACAUAAUUCAUUGCAUGGUUUUUUAACUGCUUGAAAAAAACAUCAAUCACUACAUAAGUCUCUUCGCAAAUUGAAUCGGGAAUAUAUAUACAUAUGCACAACAGUAGUGAUUUAUCGUCAACGUGCAACCGGUUAUAAUUGGUAGCGAGCUACAAAGACCUUUAAUUAAAGACUUCCCAAUCUGACGGGGCGAUAGACAUACUUGUUUGAACAUUUAUGGAAAACAAAUGUGAACUUAUCAACGCUAAUUCGAUAAUUCCUUACCUCUGUACAGAUAGAAAUUGAUGUUAACGAAACGUAACGCCAUUUAUCCCUUCUCAACUCCACGUCGAUCAAAGUAUCGUUAGCUUCACAUAAAAACGAUUCAAAAUAUUUUAUUUUAAAAAUUUCGAAUUUAAUUCAAAACAAACAAUGCGUUAUGAUAAAUCAAUCACACAAAACAAUUCAUAGAACAAAACACAAGAACUAUUGCUUAUUUAUUGGGUAUUUUCGUUAGUUUCUAUUUUGGAAAUCAAAUGCAAAGUUAACUAAACCUAGUGUGAUGGAUCCCAAGCGUUGGUGUGAUACAGCCAGACACGAUCCCGUCAGUGACCAUGCAGGUUUAACUAACUUCGUGAGAUGUGAAUGUGUGUGGUAUAAGAUUGCAUUUAAUAUAGUUUGAGUUUUAUAACGAUAACCAAAGAUGAGGUGGAUGGUGCAGUAUGAAGGGAGACUGUGGGUGUAUGUGGUGUAGUUUUGUUUGAGGUUGGUUUUGCUGCUCUGUAAAAGCAGUAUAUUCUUUAGAAGAGUUUCUGAAACUAACAUAUCAUGUCCCCCACUGUUUCUUGGUUAUGAACUCGACGUCUUCGUUAAUUUGUUAGAUACCUGCCCAAGUCCCAGUAGGAUAUCAACCAAUAUUUCAAUGUUCAUUUAGCCAUCAAAGGGGCUGCUUUCUUGUUAUUUUUCGUGCAAAAUAGACUUGCUAAAGCCCGAUGCUUUUGUAAGAAAGAAAAUGUGUUAAAAUUUACUAUUUUAACAUAUUUGGUGACAAAAAAUAGAUCUUCGAUAAAGAUUCGUGAAUACUCACGAAUAUCAAAGAUCGCAUUUAAUCAAGAAAGUAGACCACUACAUGCUUCGAUGUAUAUUUCAAGAAAAGAGAAAGUAAGGGUAAACUUGGGAGUUAGUUGCCAGUGUGAGAAAGAUGUUAUUAAUAAUAAUUGCAUUUACUUGUUUUUAUGUCCAGUACUUUGGUCGCUUUUAUAAUAAUGACCAGCACGAUUAGGUGAUAUACACCGAAUAACGUGAUCCGGCCCGGGAUUCUCGAAAGAAAAAAGAAAAACGUUUUAAAUGUUGAUAAUCCUCACAAUGAUCAUUAGUUCAUUUUAUUUAUUUUUAGUUAAGUAACUUCAAAUCAAACCAUAUUAAUGGAUACAUCGAUUUUUUAUUUAUUACAAUAUAUUAUUUCAUAUACAGUUUAUAUAAUUUUCCGGGUUUUUUAAACACUUCAAAUGAAACUGCAAAAUAUUUUUAUUUUGUUAUUAUUUCUUUUUGUUUCUUAUUUCGAACAUUCAUGUUAUGAAUAGAAAAAUAAUGAAAUCAACAUAUUUGCAUGUUACUGAAAAAGUUUGGAAACCGAAAUCUGAUUCGGAUAAUAAUUAUUAUUUUCCCCUUUUUUUUUCGAAAAUCCGAGACCUAUUGUGUAGAAAUCACAACGAGUUGCUGUUAAAACUAUUGUCUUUCAGUACCAUUGAUAUUCCAGACCUCGUCAGACGGGACCAACUCGACAUGUACACUAGUUCUAUAAUAUAGACCUUGUUAGUUUCCGUAUGUUUAUAGGUUAGGUAUUCAUGUAUUCAAUGUAGGGUAUUGCUGAACUCAAAUACAUUUAUACUUACACGUUUUUAUUGAUUCAUUUUAAUUUUUAAAUAUUGGAUUUUAUUCUAAAAUGCAUGGUAUAAAUUGUGUAGCGUGGUGGUUUUUUUUUUAUCAGAAAUCAGAAAUAACAAAAAUAUUUUCGUUUAAUGUUUUUUUUUAAAUUUUGUCGACGCCAAACAAUAAAAUAUAGAAAUGGUAUUUAAGAUUUACAGUAUUUCGAAGGUCGUGUCUGUUGGGUCUCGUCUACACGAGGUAUCGUCGCAUCUCGUCCUCUCAUCUGUAAAUAGUCACCGUAAUUGACAUAUAAGUCACUGUAUUACUUAUUUAUCAUGCAUUGUGUACUAUUUGUAAAAUGAAAUCCACUUGUUUUAAUGUGACUAUCGACACUACCUCGAUUUCGUGAUAUUCUAUUCAAUUCAUUCACAUAUACAAUUAGAUCAUUGUCACAAUAUGUGCAGAUGGAGUAAUUCUUAAUCUAACCUGAUCGUUAAACAUCUGAAUAUAUUACAUUGUACAUUAUUAGCAUCACUGGAAUAUCACGUGAUCGACGUUAUCUGUGUGUCGUAAACUCAGCUUUGUGGUGUUCUGAUGACACGUAUAUUUCAAAUUUCGUCACGACUGUAUAUUGACGUCACAUAUUUAUGAUGUCAUACAUAUUGACACAUGAAUGUAUUAUGAAAUUAUGAAUUGUGAUAACGUCAUAAAAGCUUUAUAACGUCAUGAUUUGUGACGUGGCAGUUUUUGUGACGCUACGGUCUUAUACUAACGACUCAAAAAAAUUCAUAGUGACGUUACAACUGUUAUUUAAUAUCACAAAGUGUACUGACGUCACGAAUUUGAAGUGACGACACGCCUGCGGUAUCUGUGAUUUUGUUUUCUACCAAAGUGCUGAAGCUUUACAACGAAUGAGUGUGAGAGUGUUACGUUUUUGUACAUAGUGUAUAAUGAUAUGUUGAAGAUGUUAAUAAAAUUGACAACGAUACAAAAGUAAAA